AUGGCUAUUUUGGGUAUUUUUGGAAAUGUUUGGGCAAGUCCCUUGUAUCUGAAAGUUACCUUGGGCAUUGCUAUACCGAUGCUCACCCUCUUAGCUAUAUACUUCAUCAUCGUCCCAAACUCCAUCAAGGACCCACGACGCCGUCAUCUCCCUCCAGGACCCAAAGGCCUCCCCUUUAUUGGAUCCCUCCUCGAUCUCGCUGACAACGAUGCUAUACGCUACACAGUCAACGCAUGGCGCGCGCAGUAUGGUGAUAUCUUUUACACGAAAAUUGGAGGCACAGACUACAUAUGGCUGUCAUCACCCAAAGUAGUCAAAGACCUCAUGGACCGAAAAUCGGGUAUCUACUCCUCGCGCCCUCCCUCUCCACUAGCCCAGGACGUUGCAUCUGCAGGGCGCCGUCAACUCUUCAUGCCCUACGGCCCACGAUGGCGCAGUGUUCGCAAGCACAGCCACGCCCUACUCAACCUAUCCACCAGCACAAACUACCAGGUGAUACAGGACUUUGAAAGCAAAGUCCUACUUAAAGAGCUACUGCAAGACCCCAACGAUUUCAUGGAUAUCAACCGUCGCUACUCCGCCAGCGUCAUCAUGCGUGUAACAUACGGAUAUCGAAUCCCCAGCUGGGACGAUCCCCUCAUCAAGCGCAUCUACAGCGUACUCGAACGAUUCACCGAGAUGACUUCGCCCGGUGCAUGGGCUAUCGAGUCUUUCCCAUCCCUAACAUGGGUCCCGCAGGCACUCAUGGGAAACUGGCGAUCCUACGGCCAGCGCGUCUUCGAACAAGAUAGCGCUGUAUACGUUGACCUCUGGAACAAACUCAAACAAGAGACCGAUGCCGGCAUAGCCAAAGACUGCUUCACAAAGACUUUCUAUCUCAACGAUCCGGCCAAAGCGGGUAUCGAUGAUCUCGCUGCUGCGUAUACCUGCGGCGGCCUGAUCGAAGCAGGCUCCGAAACCACCGGAACGACGCUAAAUAACUUUAUGCUUUCUAUGGUUUUGUUUCCCGAGGUGCAGAAACGGGCGCAGGAGGAGUUGGAUCGCGUGGUUGGCAGUGAGAGGCUGCCGCAGUGGGAAGACGAAGCAAAUCUGCCGUAUGUGCGGAGUGUGAUCAAGGAGGUACUGAGGUGGAGGCCUGUGAAUAAGUUUGGGAUGCCACAUGCAACUAGUGAGGAUGAUUGGUAUGAGGGCAUGUUUAUCCCAAAGGGAAGUGUUGUUGUGUUGAAUUGGUGGGCUAUACACUACAAUCCCGAUAUAUGGUCUAACCCGACCGCUUUCGAUCCUUCGCGCUACCUCAAUCACACCGCGUCCGCAGCAUAUUACAUGAACACCGCCGACCCCUCUGAACGCGAUCACUUCUCAUAUGGUGCAGGUAGACGCGCAUGCCCUGGCGUUCACGUUGCUGAGCGCUCUCUCUUCAUCAACGUAUCCCGCGUCCUCUGGGGUUUCAAUCUAUCGAGGAAAAAAGGCAAAGACGGCAGUGAGGUUCCAGUCAAUGCGAAUAUGGAGCCAGGUUUCUUCAGCGUGCCCCAGCACUUCGAAUGCGAUAUCCGGCCCCGAAGCGAGAAGCAUGCUAGUAUGAUACGGGAGGAAAGUCGGAUGGCGGAAGAGAAAGGAUUGGGUAUUUAA